AAGCCUCACGUUUUCUAACAGUGACCUCGGACUGCUGUUGGACCGAUGCGCUUCUCUUAGCCUUAGCUUUACAGAAAGCCGGCGGGAAAUAAUCAGAAAUACACAAAACUGACUGUCGCCUUUUUCUCGCGACUUGUUCGCCGCGCGCGCAGCUGAUCCAGCACAGAGAGACAGAGAGGAGCGGGGGCUAACAGGAGACAUGGCCACAAUCGAGGAGCUUUCCCCCGCUGCGGGCCCGGUGUCUACCCGGCCCCCAGAGGACGAGAUUGACGACGAUGAGGACGAAGAUCUGGACGAGACACUGAUGGAGAGGUUGUGGGGCCUGACAGAAAUGUUUCCUGACACAGUGCGCACAGCUGCUGAGGUGUCUGCACAGUGCUCAGUAUCACUGGUCAAGAAGUUUUACAGUUUCUCCCGCUCUGCUCUCUGGGUGGGUACUACCUCCUUCAUGAUCCUGGUGCUCCCUGUGGUGUUUGAGACAGAGAGACUACAGCUGGAGCAGCAGCAGUUACAGCAGCAGAGACAGAUCCUGUUGGGGCCCAAUACUGGAAUGUCUGGUGGGAUGCCAGGCAUGAUGCCUCCUGCACCUGGUAAGAUGUGAGGGGGACAGGAAGGGCCAACAUGAGCCUGAGAUCUGCUGCCAGCGAUACAGCAGGGCCGCUCACAAGGAGAGACAGAGAGACCAUGGAGAAGGGCAAAGAACUGCAGCAAUUAAAAAAAAAGUAAAGCUGUGUACAAACAUUAGACUCACUCUAAGUUUUGGGUUGUCUAAUGGGAUCGCAGGAGGAGGAUAUGAAGCGUGACUAACACUUCUCUCUCACUGUCUCUCCUUACUCCCAACAUCAUGCAGAGACUGAUUUCCAGAAGCACUGCUUCUGUUUUCUUUUUGUUCUUUUUUUAAAUAAACACUUAUAUCAGCGUAAAUAAUGUGUUCUGUAGAGGAAAGCAGAUAAAGAUGGAGAAGCUGAAAGAAAAAAAUCUGGAGGAUGCUAAUUGCUACAUCUUCACAGUCUGACGAAGGUUAAUAUACUUUUGUCUGCAGUCCUGUCGGUUCCACUUGUAUGUGGAGAAUUAUUUUUAAUGAAAUAUAUGACAUGUCUGAUGAAUGGUGACAAAUGGAGCAUACUGUAGUCUAUAUUAAUUGAUAGGGAUGUGGUCUACAGAGUGACUCUUCUCUCUGGUGUAUUUCUGACUGUACAUUUGUCACAAUUCACCACUGUACCAUGUAUGUCAAAGUGCAAUGCCUCUCACUUCAAAGUAGCUACAGUUACUGGUUUUAUUAAAUUUAUCUGGUUUUCAGCAACGGAUUGUAUAAGGCAUACUGUUCAACAAUUCAGAGAUUGAGUAUCCUUUUCCAUCUAUAGCAUGUGAAAUCCAGAAUUAUUUUGUCAACCCGUCAUCAGUCGUUGGACAAACGUGGUUGUGGUGGUUGAUAAAGGUUCAAUACUAAAUGUCUUAUAUUUACCCAGAGAGAGAGAAUGUUGUGUUCUUUUCUCUGUUGCCAUCCAUGUGACAGUUAUCAAUCUGUAUUACCUCUGUUCAGCAAGCAAAUCUGUCUCUGUUUUAUGUUCAAGAUGACUGUGGUAAUUAAAACACCAAAUCAAAUGGAAA